AUGCUUCCUGAUCGGGAGUCCGAGUCUCGUCAUGUCCUCGGACCACCACCUGCUCGACCUCAAUCGUUGAUGGUGUUUCCUCCAGCUUAUUCCAAUGUCGCUUCACCGAGUGCGAUAAAGUUUCCUGAUGUUCCUACCGAUAUACCAACCUCCUUGCCUCCUCUGGCUAGAUUCGAAGCCGAUAACGAUACCAAGCUACCACCUCUGAGUUCACUUACGAGCGAAAUGGCCCUGGAACCGACCAAGACUUGGCUUCCUCUACACCCUAUGCCUUAUCCACCAGUUCUUGCGCACAGUAUUGAUAGCCCGACACGAAUGGAUCUUGACGGGAGCAGCAACAGUGUCGUCAGCGCUGCUUCUCCUGAUGUUCUCGAUGCGAGGGCUGGUAGCGUCAGCCUUGAUGAUCCAGAUGUGCGACUGGCAGCUGAAGCGCUUGGAGAUUUGAGAGCAGACUUUAUAUCUUCACCGCCGCAUAGAAACUCCUCUCUUCCAGUCAGUCCACCAACUUCUGGGCUUCAGUCGAAUCAACCACAAUCGCCGCAGCCUGAACCGCUUCUGUCUCUACUUACGACGACUCAUCCAUUGUUGGCCAGUACAAUUGAGGGCGCCACUUCCGCGUAUGGUGGUGCCAAGAACUUCUCACCGCGUUUUCGAUCUGGCGCCGAAUAUGUCGAAGGAUACCUGACUCCUAUUGCGAAUACUGUUGGUUCAGUCGGACGAGUGACUGGUGUCGAAGGAGGUGUCAGAUGGUUUUUGGGUGCUGGAAGGCGACAAAACAGCUCCACGUCGGAUUUGGAAACCGGCAACAGUAAGAAGCGGCGCAAAACGGAUGAGGAUGAGGCAGUCAGCAACAAGCGAUUUGAGUCUGAAGGAAUGCAACAAAUGAGCGAUGAACAGAUGGAUACAGCGCCUUCACCAUCUUCAAAGACCAUGUCUCGUCGCAUGUCAACUACUAGCACGGUUGACACGCUUCCUGCUUACGAUGAGUUGAGAUCACCCGCAUAUACCGAGACUGAUGCCAAUUCACCGCGACCAUCUCGGCCAAACAGCGCCUGGCAGUCACGUCUGAUCACGUCUACUUCUGGUCUCAGUGUCGCCAUGAGCCAGGAGAGUCUGCGCAGUCUCAAAUACUGUCUACAGUGGCUCCGCUGGGCCAAUGAUCACAUUGCUCGUGUGAUUUCGGCCUUGAAAACAACCCUGGAUGAGUACGAAAAGGUGCCAGGCGGACAAGCUGGCGAACAGGCUGAUCCUGAAUCUCGCUCUCAACUUGCUGCUCGCAUCUUAAACCUCAAGGGCGAUGUCCUCAGAACCCUGCGAGAAGCCAUCAAUACUGUGUCGAGAUACGCAGGGGGUGCAUUGCCCGAAAACGCACGAAUCCUUGUGCGACGUCAUCUCACUAGUCUACCCCAACGAUUCCGUGUCGCCACCAUGACCGACAGGAAUGCCGGGCAGCAAGACAACGAGACUGCUCUAACUGAAGGUGCACACAAAGUUUUGGUCUUGGCCAAAGAAGGUCUCGACAUGGUUGUUCAAGUAAGUGGUGUCGUAGAUGGAACAAUUGUCAGCGCUGAGCAAUGGCUCGACCGUAUGGGCAAACGCAGAGCCCAAGAAGACGAGAAGCCGAUGCUUCCUCAAACCGAGGUUAAUGGAGAUGUGAAAAUGGGUUAA